AUGGAUAAUAAAAAAUAUAAUGUUGCACAUGCAAAUUACAAGGAUAUGGAUCCUUUUACUAAUAUUCUUACUGGAACAUUGUUUAUUGGUGGUUUAGCUGGAUAUAUUCGUGCACGAAGUAUACCGAGUCUUAUUGCAGGUAUUGUUCUAGGAACUAUGUAUGGAUAUAGCAAUCUUUUAAUUCGAAAUAAUAUAAUCGGUGGUUAUGAGCUUUCACUUUUUUCAUCUCUUCUGCUUUCUGGAAGUUCUAUAGCACGUCUUUGUAAAGUUGGUAUUAAACCUGUACCAAUUGUAUUGGGAACAAUAGGUGUUUUAGCUACAGUAAGAUUGGGGCUCUAA